CACAGCUCCCAGCAUGCCAGGGAGUGGCCGGGAGAGCCCGACUGUUUUCUUUAGGACUGGGGCUGGGCAGAGGGCUGCAGAGUGGACACCAGUGAGGAGCUGAGGAGUAAGUGACCUGCAGACUGAAAGCUGAGGAGAAAGGGCACAGUCAAGGAGGUUUUAGGCUGGAGUUAUGAGGGUGGGAGCUGCGACCUUGGCUGGGGGGAUAUUUGGGGUAGUAGGGACUCUGUGUUUCUUCCUUGCCUUUGCUACAGACUACUGGCUGGUAGCCAGUGACGACUGCGGACCGUAUACAUGGCCAACAAAAACAACCCUGACAAAAGAUGACAAUGGGACUGAGAUCCAGUUAGUGGAAGCCGUCACUGCCUCUCCUCCACCUCUCACUCUGCACCACGAGGGCUUCUUCUGGCGAUGUGUGUUUCAGGUGGAGCCCACAGCACAUGCAGUCCUGGCCACUCUCUUCACAAACCAGCCAAAAUCCAAAGUCUGUAUCCAUGGUUACCUCUUCCCUCUGCCUGUCGCACUUGGACAGGUGCCUCAUCCAAGUUAUGAUACUGCAGCAGUGUUUCGGGGUUUCUGGACCGUGCUGUUAAUCCUUGGCCUGGUCGCAGCUCUAACUGGAGGCUUCCUCUUGGUCUGUGGUGUCCCCUGCAUUAGCCACACACUGUACAAGCUGGGCGGUGCUUUCCUCAUAAUUGCUGCCUGCUUGAUCCUGUUCAUGCUGCUGCUCUUCGUGCUGUGGAUGGAGGCGAUGGAGGUGAAGCGCUACGUCAUGCAGGAGAGAGGAGAGACGUGUCCACUUGCUCAGGUUUCAGUGCUCUAUGGGCUGUCUUUCAUGGUGGCGGCUGCAGGCGUGCCUUUGGAGCUCAUCUCUGGAAUGAUCUUCAUGCUGGUGGGCCGCACGUUGCGUGCCAGCAAGUGAGCUCGCCGUCUGGUCUGUGGGGAAGAAAGGACUGACCUUUUACUGUCCUGCACUGGGACUCACUGGCAGACUUGUGGGAUGUAGAUACUGGCUGGAAAGACAUGAUCAAUAUUACAGCACCACCCUUUGGAUGUCAAGUAUAGCAGUCAGAGACACUCAUCUUUGGUUUUCUAUAACUUGCUUUGCUUUAUUUAUAUAUAU